UGGGAUGAUAGCUUCUACAUCCACUGUAGCCAAGAGGGUGUUGUCGAUGCAGAGGGUAGCGACUAGGUGGGCUGUGGUCUCACUUCUGGGGUCACUUUAAGCCUAUUCUUGAGCACUUUGCCUCCGAAGCUCCCAGACAACAGACGGCUUCUCUCUCUCUCUCUCUCUCUCUCUCUGGGAAGUAACUCUUUCUGUGGAACUCUAUGGGGCUUCUUCUUAAGAAAGCAGGCACAGGGUUGGAUCUUGGCUACGCCUCACAGAGUAACGGAAGCACAGAACUGCUCUCUUUCCACAGCGCGCUCUCGCCCAGGCAUUUUCAGCAGCCAAAGGAGGGUGCCCUGUGUCCCCGGCGCCGUAACGGCUCCCGUUGCUAAGGCGCCUGACGGAACUACCAGGAAAAAAAAAAAGCCGGGCUUUUCCAGCGAAGGAGGGGACGGGCGGGAAGCACGACAGCUUGUCUCUAACCCUCCCGGCGCCAGGGUGCGCCCGCCCGAUGGCCAGCUUUACCCCCCCACUCUACGCCUCCAGAGCAAGGCCCGGCUUUCGUGACGCGCGUGCGCAGAAGCAACUGCGGAAGUCAGAGCGGCGCCUAGCUGCGGGCAGCUCCAUGAGGGUCGGCGGGGCCUCCCACCGGCUCAUUUUCUCCUUUCUUUUGGGGGCAAACAGUCUUCCGAUUAUGUACCAUGGGACUACGGAUUCACUUUGUUGUUGACCCUCAAGGCUGGUUCUGUAUGGGCCUGAUUAUCUUUGUAUGGCUUUUCAACACUGUAUUCAUUCCAAAAGUCAUCCUCUUUCCACAUUAUGAAGAAGGACAUAUAUCAGUGGUUCCAGUUCUGUGUUACUAUAUGCUUGCCUUGUUCUGCAUUGUCUCCCUUCUGAGAGCUUCGGUGACAGAUCCAGGGAGGCUGCCUGAAAGUCCAAAGAUACCAAUUGCAGAAAGGGACUUUUGGGAAUUAUGUAAUAAGUGUAAUAUGAUGAGACCAAAACGUUCCCACCACUGCAGCCGAUGUGGACACUGUGUUAGGAGAAUGGAUCAUCAUUGUCCGUGGAUUAAUAACUGUGUUGGUGAAGAUAACCACUGGCUGUUUUUGCAGUUAUGUUUCUACACAGAGCUUCUCAGUUCUUACACACUGUUUCUUGAUUUCUGCCACUGUUACUACUUUGAACCACUGAAGAAGGUUAAUUGGGAUCUCUUCAUAUUUAGACAUGAACUUGCCCUGACAAGAGUAUCUACUUUCAUGGGUUUAAUAAUGCUGGCUGGAAUUAGUGGACUCUUUUAUACUCAGUUAAUUGGUAUAUGUAAUGAUACUACAAGUAUAGAAAAAUUGGCAAACUGUUGUGAAGAAGUAUCGAAACCUCGAAAGCCGUGGCAGCAGACCUUCUCUGAAGUUUUUGGCACUCGCUGGAAGAUCCUGUGGUUUAUUCCUUUCAGGCAAAGACAACCACUGCGAGUUCCCUACCACUUUGCCAAUCAUGUCUAAACAGAUGGAUGGUGGGCACAGAUGGGUCCUCCAUGCUGGAAGUGUGUUGCAGGUUUUGUGAUAAUAGAACUAUGACAGCCCUCAAGUCAAUUAAAAUCUACCCACCAAUCUUAGAUGUCAUAAUGUGCCCUAGGCUUUAUUUUAAUAAUAAUGAUCUUGUUUCUGUUUUGGGAUUAAUAUACAUUCCUCUGUUUACUUUUAAAGUGUACUUCCUUUCAGAUUGGCUUUCUAGAUGAAACACUUUUAGUAUUUGAUGUUAAUAUUGAAUAUAAUGAUUGAUGUACAAAUGUUAUAUUAUUUUGUUUUGAUACCAAACUGUACAAUUAUGUGUUUUGAUAGAAACUCUGUUGUUUUAUCAGACCAACAGGUUUGAAAAGAGUCUUGCCUGCCUUGAUUUUUUAUUGUUGUUAUCAGUAACACUCACUGGAUUAUAUGGAAGGACCCUUCCUUAUCUUGUUAAUCUGGUUUGAAGUUCACAAUGCCUUCUUUUAUUAAUUAUGUAUGAUAUUAAGUAGCUUAUUACCAGAAAAUGGCAUUUUAAAGGAUUGUGGGUUUUUUUAAAAGCAAAGUUGUGUUCAGUGUUUUUGGCUUUAUAAACACAUUGUUCUAGUGGAAAAUAAGAGGAAAAGGUAUUGUUAUAAAAAGUUAAUUUCCUCUUCUUUGUCAAUGCAAUAAGUUUCAUUUUAGAAAUGCAUACAGGGUGGGGUGAGGAGAGAUACCUUAUACUAUGAUUCAACCAAAGUGAAGCAUCUCUUAGAUCUGUUGGUUUCAGUGGGAGGUUCAAUCACUUGCUCAGCCAGCUCCAAAGGGGAAACCAUGUUAGUCUGUUACACCAAAAACAACAAAGGGAAUUGUGACACCAUAAAGGCAAAUCUGAUAGUAAUGGUGAAAACUUUCAUGGACUUAAACAGGUACACACUUGUUCAGGAUUAAGUGUUGUUGUACUCAACGUCCCUUGCAUAGAUAUGCAUAGGAUAAUUCUAAGUGCUUAAUUUUGCAGGGUUGUAUUUAUCUUCAUUAAUCACUAUAAUGUAUCUGGUAUAAACAUCUAAAUACUGUGUUGUUGCUACAAUAAUACUACCUGUUUUGUAUAGUCACUUUAGAAUCAUUUAGAAUUUAAAUUUCACAUGUUCAUAGAUUGGAUAAUACAUGUGGGAGACAUAUUAAAAAUAGUAUUAAUAUAGUAUAGAUGUUAAAGAUAAACAUUACCUACUGUGUAUAAUAUUCUAAUUUAGUCAGUUCAAUGGCUUUUAAAAAGUGAGAUGAAGCAAAAUGCUCAUAUGACAAGAUUAAAAGUACUCUAUGGUGGUUAUAAUUUAGAUAAAUUACUAGUCAGUAGCAUGAAUUCUUCCAACCGUUAACAGGAUAAAUUUGUGUUAAAGGGAUACUUGCUGUCAAAAGACUUAUUCAGAGCAUUAUCAGCAUGAUGUAACUUGUGAUCUACUUUUGUGAGUCACUGUGUGAAAAAAGUUCAUAGAAUCAAAAGGUAGUAUCACAGUUGUGGUAUAACCCCAGUGCUGGCACUGGAACAUCUAUUUACAUUGCUGUGCUGGUGCUUGGCAGUGCCACAGCUGAUGAGAUUAAGAAUAGGUAGAAAAAAGUGUGAUGUUCAAACACAGUUAAGCAAAUUUUAAUAUGAAAGCAUUAAUCAUAUAAUUGCUUUUAUAUCAUAUAAUAUGAAAGCAAUUUAAAAUUAGUAGUAAAAUGUAUCACCAAACCAUUAAAAGCCAUUUCGUAAAAGCAGCCAGUUAUGGUCAGAGCCGUUUGGAAGACCCAGGCUGCAGAAGGCUGUCAUAGAUUUCCUUAGUACAUGCAAUCAAAUACUAGUGAGGAAGUGCAGGAUUCCUUCAGCACCUGUCCUUGUGAUGUGUCCUAUAUGCAUAGAAGAGCUGUAUGCCCAGACAUGUGUUAAUUGUGAGACAUCUGGCUAAGGAUGAGUGGAACUUUAUGAGUAUGUCUAAGCCACUUGAUUCUUUUGAACUCGUAAUGUCUGACAUAUGCAGUUGUUGGUGGUGUUAUGUACUAUUAAGUUGCUUCUGAUGACCCUUCUGGGGUUUUCAAUGUAUGUGAGAUGUUCAAGGAGUGGUUUACAGUUUUCUAUCCCCGGUGAGUUUCCUUGGCCAAGUGAGAGAUUUGAAUCCAUGUCUUCUGAAUUUUAGUCCAACAUUCCAUCCACUGGCCAUUUAGAUUUGGGCCUAAGUUAAUUAUCAUGCUUCUGCAGCCAGUCUUAUAUCUCUAAUGUUCCAUUCAUCUGGGUUUGCAUUUCAGGUUUUACACUCCAGUAGUCUGCAGCCUUGUGAUACUAGAAUGUAACUGUUGCACAUGGAUAAGAUCACAUAAAGUGUGAAUAUGAAUGACAGAUGUUUGAUUUUAACUUCCUUCCUUCCAUAUGAAAACAGAAUCAAUUAUUCAAAACUAUAUCUGACAAAUGUUUAACAGGGUUGUGAAAUGUUUGAAUUAUGUCUUUUUCCAAAGUAGUCCCAGACAUUGAGUACAUGGAGUUACAGUGCAGAUAAGGGAGAGGUUAGUUGUCAUCUCAAACUUACUACUUAUUCCCUCUCCUAAAUAUUGGAUUUUUCUGACCCUUCUGAUUAUGUAAUCACCCAGAAUCCUACUAGGAUUUUACCCUGGAGUAAGUGAAAUCACAUAAGCUGCAGUGAUGGCAAUUUAACAAAAUUCUGGUUACAAGUCUGGUUACAUUCGUGGUGCAAGGCUAGUCACACAACUGACACCUUAUUAAUUAGUUUCAAUGUAUUUGAUUUCACUUACUCCAGGGUAAAAUCCCAGUAGGAUUCUGGCACUGUCUUCAUAAUGACUGCACAGGAUGACAACUACAGUUAAUGUGGCUCAACCAUUUUCACUCUGAGAACUUCUGUACUCAGUGUACCAUUGAUAGAAUCUGUUAGGAAACCUUAAACAAUUACUGUAUUUUUCCAUUUAUAAGACACCAUUGUUUAUAAGACACACACCCAUUUCUAACCCCAAAAUUAAGAAAACUUAGCUUUGAGUAUUCAGCCUCUGGGCUCAGAACGCUCUGACGUUAGUAAUCCCUGUUGUAUCUGAGCCUACAGGCUCCACCUCCAACGAGGUGUGUUCCAUUUGGUUUGUUCAGCAUCAGCUGGCAUCAGUUCCAUUAGGCUUAUAUUGGAGGAAGCUGAAUCUCCUGACUGUAGGAAGCUAAGCCUCGUGACUGAAGGAACUCUGUUUACAGAGACAAGGAAUGGGCCGUUUUAUUCUCCCUGUAUUCUCAGCUUACUCCCAUGUAAAAAACUCCCCUCAAUUUUUAGUGUAAUGAUUUUAGGAAAAAUUAUCAUCUUAUACACGGAAAAAUAUAGUAAUAGACUUGUUCCCUGCAAUUGAGAUGAUGAUCAUGAUGAUCUUAGAACUGCAAAGCUGGAAGGUGCCCAUUGGAUCAAGUCCAGCCCCUGUCAAGGAGG